GCACAAUGGAGGGAUGUGGUCACAUUGGACACCUGUACUUUUUUCUCAUAUGCCGCAUCUUUCUAAAAAUGGAGCGAAGUAUUACGAUGAAUUAAGGAUAUCACUACCCAUUGUGAGACGUACCCGUAUCAGAGUUGCAAUAAGGAACCGAAAUAGAUGUCACACACACCUGGUCGGUACUGAGCCAUUCAUAUCUCUGGUUUGCGAGGAUGUAAAUGAAUGUACAGAAACUCCACAUCCAUGCAAUCCGUACAGUGGAGUUGUUUCUGGCCAAUGUUUCAACACCUAUGGUUCCUACUCCUGCGUUUGCUACUCCUCGUUUAAACAGGCUGGCGGAACAUGCCAAGACAUUGAUGAAUGUAUGUAUGGGGAUCAGGUGUGCAGCGGAUUACUGAAUAGUGAGAACCGUAUCUGCCGAAAUACAAACGGAUCCUACCAAUGUCCAUGUGUGGAAGGAAAGUAUGAUGAACAUUGUUCAGACAUUGACGAAUGCAAGACGAACAAGGACGUCUGCAUUGAUGUUGAGAAUAGCAAUUGUACAAACACUGAAGGAUCAUUUGAAUGCCGGUGCAGAAGAGGCUUUGCCGGACCUCAGUGUCAAGACAUCAAUGAAUGUACAGAUGAAGCUGACGUGUGUAGCGGCGAGAUCAAUAGUGAGAAUCGUGCUUGUGCAAACACGAAUGGGUCCUACAAUUGUCCAUGUUUGGCAGGUAAUUACGACGUCAACUGUUCAGGUAUAGGCACUACAACUGUUAGAUCAAUCACAACAGGGGACGAGAGCACGAUUACCAUGUCUCACACAACGGUCUAUAUUCUGGUGGCAGCAACUUCCGUCCUUGCAGUACUUCUUGGUGUCAUAACUCUAGUGUAUUGUUUGAAGACGAAGAAAAGAACCCGAGCUCAAUGCACAACCAGAGCAGUAGGUAGCGGUACAACAACAUGGGAAGCACGCCAAGGUCAAGAGGAUGCUGCAACGCUGACGCCAAGUGAACUGUACGUGUUAUCCGAUUGUACUACUCAACUGGUGGUCAAUAACACGGCUACAACGGAAUUUUCGAACGUAAGCAACAUAGCGUCUUCCAGCUGUCCCAGCCAAGUUGACAUGACAGUCAAUCCUGUGUAUGACUUUCCUGUGUAUGAAGAAACUGCACCACCACCGACCAAGCACGGGCGAAGCACCGCAACAAAUGCAAUUGAUCGUGAAUACGAGGAGGUGAUUGCUUUCCCAAAGAAUUGAUCCCUAUCGCAGAUUGACUAUGCACAACAUAUGUAAUACAAACCAGUAGAUGUGCAGGAAAGAAAAUAAUAUUUCCUUUUUCGCCCCUCUACGGAUUGGUAAAUUAAAUUUGGCAUAAUGAGAACAUUGGCAGAAUUCGACCCGAAUUUGAAAAUACGACUGUUAUCGAAUUGCUGUUAUCGAGCACAUACCGCCAGUUUGCAUGUCGAUUCUUUAAUACAUUUCAGAAUUUAACGUUUUGGUGUUUUAAUUAAGUUUUUGUGCUGUGUGUACCUCCAUUGCUGCUACGAUAAUUUUGCCACAAUCAUAAUCAUAUCCAAUUUUCGAAGUCUUCACAAUGUACAAUGUACGUAUUCUCGUGCCAUUCAUUAUGCACAUCAGUUUGAAAGCAUAAUUCGAAAAACUCGUAUAGCUGCUGCGUUCAAUACCAUGAUUAGAGCAUUGUAUUUUUAGUAUUCUUCUGAAUUUUAGUUUUAUCCUACAUCGCAAGUCAAUCAGGCAGUCAUGCCCAAUGUUAUGAUAACGAUAUAAAGGUAGAACAGAUUGCGGCCUUCAGGCUUCGACCCUUGCCAUAGCAUUGCGACCUUUUAAAGCUUCACCCUUGUGUAAUAGUAUUUACAUGAAUAAAUGAAAUGUUUUACAUGAAUCGCGGCAAAGGGUAUUCAUAUGAAAGCAAUGAGAUUUUCUUUUUGCAGUAGUGAUCAUCUUUUCGUUCACCACUAACCUUUCACAGGAAAUGUCCAAUCCAAUCUGAUCCUGCGACUAUCUACCGAUGAAUUCUAACUCCAUCCAAUCGCCGAGGAUCAUUUCCUCUCUUGAUGCUUAUUUUGCAAUCAAACAAGCACAUACAUCAUUUUCUUUUCCAUGUUGCCUAUUUCUGAUGGGCAUGUUUCAUUUCUGUGUUUGCACUUUUACCAUUGCAAUUUCUAACACAUCGCGCAAUUUACAUGUAUACUCCCGAGCACCGUCUAAUCAACGUCCACUUUCUUCUGAUGAUUGAAUCUUCUGCCACGAAACUCAGAGGAGCAACAAAACAAAGUGUACCACCAUGUGACGGUGUGGACAUGCUUUCAUGCUUAUUUUCCACUACAGCUGUUCAAAAAGUCCUCAAUACCACUGGCUAAAGCUCUCUAACAUC